GGAGGAGGAGGAGGAGGAGGAGGAGGGUCCGGGAGAGCGGCGGGGAAGGCGCAGGGAGAGGCCUCCAGGAAACCCCCCGGCAGGGCGGAGGGGGCGGCGGGACCCGGGAGCCCCGCGGAAGGGAAGAUCCCCAAGCUGUUCACAGAGGUGGAAGUGAGUUCCCAGCGAGAUCCAUAUCCCACUGAAAGCCCCGAGUCUCCUGGGAGGAGCUCCCUGCAGGGGGCUGGAAGGAAUCCUGCCACCACGAAGCCACCCAAGAACACCAGGGCUGAGGAGCAGGACGGGGAGGAGCUGGAGAGGAGGAAGAGGAGGAGGAAGGCAACCAAGAGGAAAAGGGAAGGGAAGAGCCAGGAGGAGGAGGAGGGGUCCCUGUCCUGUGACAUCAAGCUGGACGACACCUUGGACCGAACCUUGGAGGACGGAGCCAAACAGCACAACCUGACCGUGGUCAACGUGAGGAACAUCCUGCACGAAGUGAUCACAAAUGAGCACGUGGUGGCCAUGAUGAAAGCAGCCAUCAGUGAGACAGAGGAUAUUCCUCUGUUUGAGCCCAAAAUGACUCGUUCCAAACUGAAGGAGGUUGUGGAGAAAGGGGUGGUGAUCCCAACGUGGAACAUUUCCCCCAUUAAGAAGGCGAACGAGGUGAAGCCACCCCAGUUUGUGGACAUUCCCCUGGAGGAGGAUGAUUCAUCUGAUGAGGAAUACCAGCCUGAUGAUGAGGAUGAGGAUGAGACUGCAGAAGAGAGCCUGCUGGAGAGCGACGUGGAGAGCACGGCCUCUUCCCCUCGGGGGGCCAAGAGAUCCCGGGCCCGGCGCUCCUCCGACGAGGAGGGGGGGACCCCCUGCGAGGUGGAGAAGGUCACUCCACCUGCUGUGAGGCACAUCAGUGCUGAGGUGGUUCCCAUGGGGCCUCCACCACCUCCCAAACCCAAGCAGAGCAAGGACAGCACGUUCAUGGAGAAGCUGCACGCCGUGGAUGAGGAGCUGGCCUCGAGCCCCGUGUGCAUGGACUCCUACCAGCCCCUGGAGGACAGCCUGAUCGCCUUCAGGACCCGCUCCAAGAGGCCCCUGAAGGACGUGCCCCUGGGGCAGCUGGAGGCCGAGCUGCGCGCGCCCGACAUCACCCCCGACAUGUACGACCCCAACACGGCCGACGACGAGGAGUGGAAGAGGUGGCUGGGGGGGCUCAUGAACGAUGAUGUGGAGAACGAAGAUGAAGCUGAUGAUGAUGAUGACCCCGAGUACAACUUCCUGGAGGAUCUGGACGAGCCGGACACGGAGGAUUUCAGGAACGACCGGGCCGUGAGGAUCACCAAGAAGGAAGUGAAUGAACUGAUGGAGGAGCUGUUUGAGACAUUCCAGGACGAGAUGGGUUUCUCCCACAUGGAGGAUGAAGGCCCCGAGGAUGAAGAUGCUGUCACCGAGUCCAGGCCAAGCUUCAACACCCCCCAGGCCCUCAGGUUCGAGGAACCUCUGGCCAACCUGCUGAACGAGCAGCACCGGACGGUGAAGGAGCAGCUGGAGCAGCUGAGGAUGAAAAAAUCCUCCCUCAAACCCCCCCAGGAGGCUGAAAAAUCCAAACCCCCAAGCGAGAGGCCCCUGCAGAGCCUUGUCCUGGACAGUGCCCAGAGGAAGAGGCUCCAGCAGCAAAUGCAGCAGCACGUUCAGCUCCUGACCCAAAUCCACCUCCUGGCCAGCUGCAACCCUGCCCUGAGCUCGGAGGCCAGCACCACCAGGAUGUUUUUGAGCGAGCUGGGGAACUUCGCCCGGAGCUCGACGCUGCUCCGCCUGUCGCUGCAGCCCAAAUUCCAGACCAUGUUCCAGCCCUGCAACCUGCAGGGAGCCCUGAGGCUGGUGGAGGACUUCCAUGCCCAGGUGCCCGUGGACUGGAGCCCCAGGAAGGCCGUCAAGAAGAACAAUGCCAGUGAAUUUUCCUGUUUGCCAAAGCAAGUGGCCUGGAUUUUUGCCACGAGGAAAGUCUUCAUGUACCCAGAGCUGCUGCCAAUCUGUUCCUUGAGAGCAAACCCUCCCCGGGACAAGAUUGUCUUCACCAAGGCGGAGGACAAUUUGUUGGCUCUGGGGCUGAAACAUUUCGAGGGCACCGAUUUUCCCAAGCCCCUGAUCAGCAAAUACCUCCUGCCCACCAAAACCGCCCACCAGCUCACGGUGAGGAUCAAGAACCUCAACAUGAACCGGGCCCCCGACAACAUCAUCAGGUACUACAAGAAGACAAAGCAGUUGCCUGUCCUGGUGAAGUGCUGCGAGGAAAUCCAGCCCCACGAGUGGAAACCGCCCGUGGAGAGGGAAGAGCAUCGCCUGCCCUUCUGGCUGAAGGCGAGCUUGCCCUCCAUCCAGGAGGAGCUGAAGCAGCUGGCAGAAGAUGCCAAGGAGGUGCCGGGUUCACCUGCUGCAGAUUCUGUCUUUUUGGGGGCAGGAAAGGAAACUUCAGACGUGGAGCACGACGAGAAAUACCCUCUGCUCAUGCCCAAGGGGCUCGUCCUGACCCUGAAGCCCUUAUCCAACCGGUUCUCCCGGAGGGCCUGGAGGAGGCAGAGAUCCUCAGCCCUGAAGCCCGUCCUGAUCCGCCCCAACCCCGGCCUGCAGCCCGGCUCCAACGCCCUCAACAUCCAGAAGGCCGUGAAGUUGUCCCAGUCGGAGGCUCCUCCCAGCAAAGUUCUGCUCCAGGUUCCUCAGCCCAUCCAACCGGCCCCGGUUGUGCAGCCCCUCAACGUCCCGGCGGUGGUUCAGGGAGGUGGGGAUGGCCUGGAAUUCCAGAACGUUCUCCCUGCUGCACCCCCAGACUCCAGACAAGCCUUCCCAGCUGCCGUGUCACCGGCCCUGGUGCCCUCAGACCCCUCAGCUCUCCAGCCCAAGCUGAUGCUCCCGGCGCUGGCCGGGCCCAAACCCCGCAGGCCGUGCGUGCGCAGGGGCUACCAGAGGAAAAAAGGGACCAAAACCGCCCCGCUGAUCAAACCCUCCCCUCUGAUCCAGCCGUCCCCCGUCAUCCUGACCGUCCCCGCCGCCACCGUCAAGGUGCUCAACAUCAGCAACGGCUGCAACGUGAUCCAGCCCCUCGGCCCCGCCGUGGGCCGCGGCCCGCAGGCCAUCCCCGUCACCACCCUGCUGGUGAACCCGGCCCCCUUCCCGUGCCCCUUGAACCAGCCCCUGGUGACCUCGUCCAUCCCGUCCCUGAUCGUGUCCCCGAGCCCCGUGGGUCUCUCCAGGCCGGCCGUGGGUGAGGGUGAGGAGCAGCUGACCCUGGUUCCCGCCGGGAGCGGCGGUGGAGGCCGCGCGUAUCCCGCGGGAGAACCCCCGGCGGAGCCCCCGGAGCUCUUUGUUCCCCGCUCCUCCCUGUCCCCCGAGGGGGAGAGGGGCACCAACCCUGCCCCUGCCCAGGGCAGUGGUGGCCAGGACAAGGGGAGCACCGCGGGCGAGCGCUGGGCAGCGGGAGAAGGGGACGGGAGCUCCGCGGAGCCGCUGCCCGUGGCGGAGCUGCUGCCUCGCCUGGAGGAUCCCCCGGGCGAAGCAGCAAAAACCGAGCCCGAAGAACCCGGUGGUGCUCCCGGGGAGGCAAACCCGGGGCAGAAGAGGGACAUCUCUGAGGUGAAGGAGGAAUUCCUGCUGGGCCUCGGCCAGGAGCUGAACGUGGAGGCCGCGUGUGCGAGGAAGGGCGAGGAGAAAGGGGAGGAGGAAGGCCGGGCCCUGCAGUCGCCUCCCCGGGGGGAGCAGCAGGGAGAGGCGGCGGCUCCAGGGCCCCCGGGGAGUGGGGAGUCCCCCGGGAACCCCCCGUGCCCCGGGGAGGGCGAGGCUGAGUUCAGCAGCCCCCUGGGAAGGCCCGAGGACUCGUCCAGCAUCGACGGCCAGUCCGUGGGAACCCCGGCGGGCCCCGAGGCUGCGGGGGACAGGGAAGGGCAGGAGGAGGAGGAGGAGGAUGACUUCGAUGAUUUCACCCAGGAUGAGGAUGAGGAGAUGUCGUCGGCCUCGGAAGAGUCCAUUCUGUCAGUGCCGGAGCUCCAGGAGACCAUGGAAAAACUCACUUGGCUCGCAACAGAGAGACGUUUGAGCCAGGAAGGGGAUUCUGAAGAAGAGAAUUCCCAGGAAGAGAACUCUGAGCCCGAGGAAGAGGAGGAGGAGGAAGGGGAAGGGAUAGAGAGUUUACAGAAAGACGAUGAAACGUGUGGAGAUACCUCAGAGGAGCCCAAAUCUGCCUUCACCUUGGCAAAGGCAGCUUCCCCCCAGGUGGAGACCCACAGGACUCCAGCAGGAGAGAACCUGAAGGCCCCUGGGAAGGGCAGGAGCUCCCACAGGACCAGGAACAAGCGGGGCCGGGCCCGGGCCAGCAAAGACACCUCGAAGCUGCUGCUGCUGUAUGAUGAGGACAUCCUGGAGAGGGAUCCUCUGAGGGAGCAGAAGGACCUGGCCUUUGCCCAGGCCUACCUGACCAGGGUCCGGGAGACGCUGCAGCACAUCCCUGGCAAAUAUGAGGACUUUCUCCGUGUCAUCUACGAGUUUGAGAUCAGCACAGACAAGAGGACAGCUGUGGAUCUCUAUUCCACCCUGCAGAAGCUCCUGCACGACUGGCCCCAGCUCCUCACAGACUUUGCUGCCUUCCUCUUGCCAGAGCAAGCUUUGGAGUGUGGGCUGUUUGAGGAGCAGCAAGCCUUCGAGAAGAGCCGCAAGUUCCUCCGGCAGCUGGAGAUCUGCUUCGCUGAGAACCCUGCCCACCACCAGAAGAUCAUCAAGGUCCUGCAGAGCUGUGCAGACUGUCUGCCCCAGGAGAUUGCAGAGCUGAAGACCCAGAUGUGGCAGCUGCUGAAGGGCCACGACCACCUGCAGGAUGAGUUCUCUGUGUUCUUCGACCACCUCCGGCCCUCGGCCAGCAGGAUGGGAGACUUCGAGGAGAUCAACUGGACAGAGGAGAAGGAAUACGAGGUGCAGCAACCUUUUCUAAGGCCAGAGAGGUUUGACGGGUUUGAAGAGGUGUCUUUGCCAGAUGUGGAGGAGGAGGACGAGCCACCCAAGAUCCACGGGGCCGCGAGGAGCAAGAAGAGGAAGGAGAUGGGGGGACAACACAACGACAAGGAGGUCGAGUGGGUGGAGGGGAUGAAGGAGUGUCCCUGUUCCUGCCACGAGGGGAGCAGUGAUCCCAAGCUCAAGAAAAGCAAGAGGAGGAGCUGCAGCCACUGUAGCAGCAAGGUGUGUGACAGCAAGUUUUAUAAAAGUAAGGAUUCUCAAGAGCUGAGUGCCAGCCUGGCCCAGCAGGAGUCGAGUCCUCAGCCCGAGGGGAAGGAUUCUGGGAUGUCCAGGGAACCUGCAGAAGAAAUCCUGGAGAACAGGGACGAGGGGGAGGACGUCCAGGGCAGACCCAGACCUGCUCCCAGGAAGGUGGACUCUGUGUCUGCAGGAUCUCCCCUGGAAGGAAAAGUUGCCUCCAGCAGACACGGAGCUGGUGACAGACCUGCCCCUCCUGAUGCUCAGGGUGCAGAAGGUGCCAGUGCUGGGGUGGAAGGUGCCCAGGACAGAGACUCUGCUGCCACCAGCCCCAGAUGGGCCCAGCUGCCAAAAGCUGCUCUGAAACUACCUCAAGAAACCAAAGACACUGUGGGGAGUGAGGGACUGACCCAGCAGCCUGGAGGGGAUGGGGAUGGUUCCCUGGGGCCAAGCAGGGAUCUGCUGCUUCCUCCUCCCUCUGGCCCAGCCCCGGGGCUGCCAGGACCUCCAUCCUGCUGCUGCCAGAGCCCAGGGCAGAGCCAGGGGCCAGAGAGCCUCAGGGGGCCUGGCCCUGCCUCACAACCAGCUGGGGAAGGACUUGAGGGACCACCUUUGGCUCUGGAGAGCAGAGCUGAAGCCAGGCAGGGCUGGAUGCCAGCGGCGGGUGGCAAAGCCGGUGGCCGCGGCGUGGGGGCAGCUGGCACAGCCUGCCCUGGGGACCUUCCCCCUGAGGGCAGAACGGAGGGAAGGGCAAACAGCUGCCUCCAGGGGCAUCAGCAUCCCCAGCAGCCGGAGCCCAGGGUGGUCCCAGCCCUGGAGGAGCAGCAGCAGAAGGUCACCGAGGCCACCGUGUGUGCCAAGAACAGCAAGGUCAGCUCCACCGGGGAGAAGGUCGUGCUCUGGACCAGGGAGGCUGACAGGGUCAUCCUCACCACCUGCCAGGAGAAAGGAGCCCACCUGGACACCUUCCAUGCCAUCUCCCAGAAACUGGGCAACAAGACGGCGAGUGAGGUGUCCCACAGGUUCAGGGAGCUCAUGAGGCUCUUCCACACGUCCUGCGACGGGAGCUCCGAGGAUGAGGAGGAUGCAACAAGUACCAGCAACACGGACCAGCUGUCAGAUAAAGACCUUCUGCUCUCUGAGGAAGAACCUGAUGACUGAGAGAGGUGAUAAACUACUGACCUGCCCCAGAAGAAGUUUGUUUGUUUUGCCAGUUUGCUGCUAGACAGGUGCUGUGGGAGAAUGUUUGCACAGGUAUUCAGACGGCACCUUCCAGGGUUUUUGUUCAUUUUUCCUGCUUCUGAUGAGCUGCACUGCCAGCCUGUACCAAACUGGAGGCACCAAGCCAGGUGUCAGGGUGAGAAUGUUCUCCAGAACCCCCCCUGGGGAGCUUCAGCAGAGAAACAGCAGAGCUGGGGCUCGGGGACACUCCCCUGGCCUGGGGGGGAAAGUUGGGCCCAGCAGCUUUGGACCAGAACGUGUAAAUAUUGUACCCUAAGAUGUCAGUUUUCUCGUGGAAAGAACACAGGACUUUUUCUAAGUUCUCCCCUUGUGUUGAUUGUAUGUGAGAAAGUUACAGUCUGAGCUCUCUUA